AUGCAUGCAUGCGAGGAUUCCCAGGAGCUGGGUGAGUUGAGAAGGUUGGAAAAGUUUGAGGGGGAGGAUCCUCGAAAGAGCGAAAGAAUGAGGGUGCGUCUCGCUGGCUACGAGGCGCUCUCCUUCCUCGAGGGUGCCAAAAAGUAUCAAGAAGAAUAUUAUCCUCGAGCAGAAGAGCGGGCUUACUCAUUCCCAUCUGCAUAUAUGCUCCGGGAACAGCAUCAGAGGCGACUCUUUGAGAAAAUGGAGAAAGCCGAAUUUACUGAGGAGGCCUCCGGGGAAAUAAGAAUACCAUCGACUUUUACGGCUGUAGCCAAGGUUUUUGACAUGUUGAAGGAGGAAUUCUCUAACUCUCCCAGUUUCGUCACGUAUGAAUAUGACUUCGCAACAACGUUCUAUAAGGCAAUGGGAAUAGCAGGAAAAGGAGCACAAGACGAUAAGAGAUAUUGGAAGAGUGAGGGAAUGGAUAUUUUGGGAGGUGACCAUGAUGUGUGCGGGAUGGUCUUGGAUGGAGAUCGGGUUUUCGUGCUCUUCUUCGAGGUCAAAAGCAGAGAGCGAGGAGGGAGCAAGCAGUACCUUAAGAACCUGGUCGGAAAAGCGGAGGGGCAACUAAAAAGGAGCAAACACGUAUUUCAACAAAUUCUUGGAUCGACUGCCUUUUCCCACACUUUCCUCUGCUGCUUUGUCGCUCUCCCCCAUCUGCCUGCGAAAGAGGUUGCGAAGGCGAUAAAUUGCUGUCAUCUGAAAUUCCUCGCGAAAGAAGACGUGGAAUCGCACGAUGCUUUCAAGAAAUUCCUAGCGACACACGGGCUCACUCUCACAAGAACGAAAGGAUCAGAUCCAGCCGCGAUAUCAUGCUACUUGGACGUGAUUAGGACGUACAUGGCAGCCUCUGCAUCCGUACAAGGAAUGCCGAGGACAAUGGAUGAUUUCCGCAUGAUCACUGAAAAACGGAUGCAGACAGCUUUCUUUCUUUUCACUCCUCAUCAGAAGCUGGUAUUGGAGUCUGAUCGAGUCAUCGAGUUCCUGGGAAAAGAGAAAGUGGAGCUACUAAGAGAGAUUAAGAGAAACACGAGACAAAUGGGGGAGUUAGUGGUAGAAGUCAGCCGCUUCAUUCAAAGGAGAUUCCCAUGCUACGACCUUCUCCCCAUGAAAGGCCUGGAAUAUGACCUGGGAGAAGAAAAACAAACCCCCCUAGUUGUAUUCAUCAAUUCUUCUUCGGAACGCAAUUGGGUUUACCAAUCGGUACCCGAUAUCCUCAUUUGGAUUCAAUCAAUUCAGAAAUAUUCCAAGCCGCUCACCGUCAUCACAAGAACAUUCCCAGAAAGAGAUGUGUUGAUACAAGAGCUCGGAUACCGCCUCCAACAGCGAGUGGCCUUCCUCGAUUCGAGUGGGAGACUGCGGGGAAGCUCCAACCCGGCGUUUUUAAUAUUUGAUGAUAAGCAGGUGACAGGGAUGUCAUUCAAGAAUCUUGUCCUCCUGGAUGGUGGAAGUUUCUACAGCUCUUGGUCUCGACUGGUGAGCAUGUCUCAAAGAUUCCUGUGUGUCAUCACCACAGAUCCGUUGUUUUCUGGUCAUUGGGAAGAACCUGGACAGGAAGGACUCAUCACCUCCUGCUCUUUUAGGUUUCCACCACGUUUAAAGAAAAAUUUUCGUAAUCGAUUUGAGGAGGCAUAUAUCCCAGAGAUCUCAUGGACUGCUGCAAUGGAGCCGGAUUCCCUCCCACGCUUCAACUUUCGGCUCUCCACUAUCCCUCCAGCCGAUACCGAAACUGAGCAAACGAAGAUUGUACUACUCUUUGGAUUCAAUCUUUCUGGAAAAACUGAAAACCUCAUCCAGAGAUUGAAGGGGAAGAUAAAACAUGAAAACGCGAAUGCAACAGAUUUCAAGGCGAGGAUAAUUUUCAUUGAUUGCAGCAGAUUGACCAAGAAAUAUUAUCCGGAAGGCCAAGUUUCUCUAGUGACAACGAAAGAGAGGAUGAGGAAGGAAAACCUAGCGAUAGAAGUAUUCGACAUCCAUCACCUUCUCCAACGACAUCAACUUGGGGAAGUUUAUUCUCUCUCUCCCCGAGUCAUAGGAAAACUUCUAUUGAAUAUGCUGAAAAAAGAGAAGAAGGAAGGGCGAAGUCUCCACGUUGCCUUGGACAAUGUUCCGGUUCAUCCAAUUGGACCCGGGCCCGCAAACACAGAGGAGCUUAUAGUUGAAUGGGAGUCCAUUUUCUUACUCCUGUUGUCCCAUGAGUCUCUCAUUUCUCUUACCAUUGCUUAUCAGCCCUUCAUCCGAUACUAUACAACCACUUUCGACGUGAAGGAGUUCGCCAAAGGAUUCCAACAAUCACAAACAAUAAGGGUGAAUAUCCUGAAAGGAUUUUGGAAUGUGAGUUUUCCACGCUUUCACCAAUACAUCACCUUCCACGAAUCCCCAUAUACAUUGAGCUUGAAAGCAGGAACCCUAAACACUCGGGCUCAACCUUCUUCCCUCGUGUUAGGGGAGAAACCCAUCCUCAUUACUCCUCCUGUAGAGACUCAUUUUCAUGGGGAAUUCAAGUGCAUUGACGGCAGGGGUCGAGGAUGCAUCGCCAUCACUGCUGCUGCUUACCUUCGUUCCCAACCAUGUGAGAACGUCAUGGUGCUAAUCUCUGAUGAAGAGAUCCGAGAGAUCUUCCAUGAAGCUUUGAUACAUGAGGAAGAGGCGAGUGGGGUGACAAGAGAAAUGCCACAGAUCUGCCAUCCGAAGGAUUACCGAGGCUGUGAGAGUUCCCAGGUGAUGUGCGUCGGGGUUGAAGACUCGUGGGUGGUCGAGGGGAUAUCCCGCGCAAUCCAGACCCUUGUUAUCGUCGACGGGGGGACUCACCUCUCUGCACAAAACCGGUUGGAACUCUGGAGGGAGAUGAAGAGAAGAGGCCUACUCCUUCACCGCCCUCAAUCAUCCUCUUCCGUCUUUGACUCUCUCUCUCCGGAUCACUGGAAGGCAUUGAAUCAAAGAAGCCUCUUUCUAAAGGAGCCUCCAACUUUCUGGGUCGAAAGUCUCUAUAGCGUUGGCAGUGUGUUCCUCGCCCACUCUGAAAAACUCAUAUUUGGUAGAGGAGGGAAAGUACACAUCCUCAACCUAGAGGGGAAGGAUCCUAGGGAUGCUCCCCAUAGAUGGAAAGAGCCUACCCCCAUUAAAUCUCCAAUCCUCAUCAAAGGGACCAUGGGGGUUGUCAACCAGAAUCAUCUCUUUCUAUUGGGAGGGUCGGGGAGUCCCCAGGAUGUGCACCGGCUAGACCUCGACACAGAGACAUGGACGACCGUCUCUCCGACGAGGGAGAAGAGAAUGAGGGCAACAUUGGUGGUGAAGGACCCCCACACCAUUCUUGUUUUAGGAGGUGAAGACCCUGACAUGAAAAGACACAUUUCAAGCUGCGAGUGCUUGGACACGAGAACGGAGCUGUGGUCAACAUUCCCUCACAACAUUCCCGAUCCUCUUUCGGCCCAAGCAGCUACUAUGCAUAAUGAUCAUAUCUACGUAACAGGGGGAUGGGAUGGGAGGAAAUCCAGAAGGAAUGUGUGGAGGUGCAGGGUGAAUGGAGGAGGGCCCUGGGAGACACUUCCGUCCCUGAAUGUCGAGAGAUGUGAUCAUGCAGUGAUGAUUGAUGAGGAAAGGGGGUUAUCUGUCAUCGGCGGCAGCAUAUAUCAGAGCGGUCAGAGGGACAUCGAGGUCCUUGAGACAGAGACCUUGACACUGAAUGGAAGAAUGUGGAUGACCCGAGGGAAAGUUCCCUUCCGGAAACUCUGGAAAGCGACGGAGAUGAAGUGA